AAAAUCAAUGAAUUUUAAUGAGCCAUUACCAGCAGUAAAGAAAGUGUCAACACCGUACAAUAAUAGGAAGGCGAUUGUUAUCGGCCUACGAUAAAUUGAAUCGCUAAUCGAUUCUUUAAUCGGUACCGAAAGAACGCUACGCUUUCGCGUGAAGUUAUAAAACGUUUGCUAUCAUUUGCUUCUUGUCGUAGUCGUUCUACGGGCAUGUGUCACGUAAUUAGUCGCAGUUGGAAUGUUUGAAAAAGUCAUGCGGUCGGAGCCGUUGAAAACCAUUCCGGAAACGUUCGCCGGGGUGGAUGUGUUCGUGACCGGUGGUUCCGGUUUCAUGGGAAAGGUGCUUAUUGAAAAGCUUUUGCGAUCAUGUCCGGACAUUGGACAAGUGUUUGUGUUGCUGCGUGAGAAGAAAGGGAAAAUCGGCAAGGAGCGUGUUGAGGAUUUGGUGCAAAUUCCGUUAUUCGAUGUCUUACGCCAGACUAGACCAGAUGCCAUCCAGAAGAUAGUUCCGAUCACCGGUGAUUGUUCUCAGUUGAAGUUAGGGCUCGAUGAGUAUAGCCUCAAACGGAUGCAAAAUGUGCAGUUCGUAUUUCACGCUGCAGCAAGUGUUCGUUUCGACGAUCCUCUGCAGAAGGCAAUACUGCUCAACACCCGUGGAACGCGAGAGGUCAUUCAAUGGGCCAAGACAUUGAAGAACCUUCGGGCGUUGGUGCACAUUUCGACGACCUACUGUAAUCCGGAGAUUUUUGAAGUCCAAGAGCAAAUCUACCCGGCCAAGAUGAAUUGGCAGAAGGCGAUCGAGAUGGCCGAGAAAAUUGAUGGGGAGGUGAUGGAAACACUGUCGAAGAAACUGACCGGUUUCUCGCCCAACACGUACACUUUCACGAAAGGCUUGGCGGAGCAAAUUUGCUACGACUACCAGCAGGAAAUACCAUUGGUCAUUUUUCGGCCCUCAAUCGUUACGAACGCGGAAAAGGAGCCGGUUCCGGGGUGGAUCGACAACUUCAAUGGUCCGGUCGGGUUGUUAGCCGGCAUGGGCACAGGAGUUAUGCGAACCGGAUGCAUAAAUGUGGACAAACAUAUCAACUGCAUCCCGGUAGAUGUGAGCAUCAAGGCCAUCAUAGUUGCGGCAUGGAAAUGCGCCAAUAGUUCCCAAUCGGAUAUGGUAAUCUACAACAGUGCUGCUGAAGUGCACAAGACGGCCACCUACAAAUUCCUGUUGACUGACGGCGAGGACAUUUACUUUAGAGUACCUACAACGCAAAUGAUGUGGGUGCCGGGUGGAAUGAAUCUCAGUAAUAUGUUCCUGUUCUAUAUCUUUUUCUUUAUCUGUCAAUUAUUACCAUCAAUCAUGGCGGAUGCAUUUCUCAGUCUAAGUGGCCGAAAACCAAUGCUGUUACGACUGCAGCGACGAAUUUUCGAUGCAACAAUUGCGCUCGAAUACUUUAUAGAUAACGAGUGGGUGUUCAAGACCGACAAUUUUCGAAGCCUCGAUCUGGAUUUGCUUGAACAGGACAAGGAAUCAUUUAAUAUCAGUUACUUGAAGGACGGUUUGAUGGCGUACUACACCAUCUGUAUUCUUGGCGGACGCCGAUACCUAUUCAAAGAGAAGGAUGAGACGAUUCCAGCAGCUAGGAAGAAACUCUUCCGUCUUUAUUGGAUAAACAAAACAAUUCAGUGUGCGUUCGUCGGACUAGUGGGAUACAUGAUUUAUUGUAGGUAUGCUGUGCCAGGUGUAUAGCUUUAUUUAUUUGAAUAAAUCAAUAAAACAUUUUUCAAUAUCAUUUGUACUAUGAACCACUUGGGACGUGGGAAUAUGUC